UAAAGUGUCCAAGAAAAGCUCUGGCAGUAGUUUUUUUUUGGAGAAAAAUUAAUUAACAUUUGAAGUUAAAAAGGAAGGAAAUUGUGAAUAAAUAGAAUUGUUUAAUAUUGAGAGAGAAACGGACAACAUUAAACAAACGGAUCGUGAUUUGAACAACUUUCCAGGGUUUAAGGUUUCCUGGAUGCACAGUAAAACAAGAUUAGACUGAGCUGCUGAAAAAAUAAGUUUUCAAAAAGAUCUGAAAUAGCUUCCUGGCGUGAUUUGAUGAGACGCUGUGUAAACUGAGUUGAAGAAAAACUUCAUAAUAUUCUAGGAAUUAAAAUCCUAAAACUUGUUCAGAGUUUACAUAAAUCAAUUUUAGUAUCAGGGACGGAGAAAACUUCUUCUAUUUUUGGAAUCUCUGAGAGAAUCAAUUUACUUUAACUUAAAGCAGGUGUUUUUUUGCAACGGGAGUAAUCUCCUCAGUCAAUCACAAUCUUAACCUGGAGUUAAACAAUGCCUGUCCUGGUCGGUUUAAUAUCCUGGUUCCUCAUACAACAAGCUUUAGGAGCAACCAGUUCAUCAUCUCUUAAAGGAGCUACUCCCAGGAUAUUAACCGCGCCAGAAGCUAAACCUUCAAUCACGAACAGAUCAAUAUGUACAGGAUCCUACUGUCUUCCUCCCGGAUACAGUUCUCUUGAUCCACCAACCCUCUCUCCUCAACCAUUACAGAUAAAGAUUGAGUUGGAUCAGAUCAGGAUUAUAGAGUUUGACGAUAAACUGUUUACAGUCAGUUUCUCCUUGUUCCUCGCAGUUCACUGGAGGGAGUGGAGACUACAAGGACCUCCUCCCUCUCCUACAGCUCCGUAUCAGGCCAUAGAGACCCAGUUUAUAGAAAACCUGUGGGUUCCUGAUAUCUAUGUUUACAACAUGGAAAGAAUAAACAGAGUUCUAACUGAUCAUAAAGGUCGUCUUUUUGUUGUGAACGGUCAGGAUAUCUACUUUAGACAAGAGGUCGUCGUUACACUCUGGUGCCCAGCAAGGUUCGAUUUCUAUCCUCUGGAUAAACAGGAAUGCAUGUUCCGGAUCGGAAGCUAUCAGUAUUCUACUUCCAAACUAUUGUUCUCCGUAACAUCUCUGGAGCAGGAUAAAACCCGUCCUAACACAUUGCUCGACUACUCCAAGAUGGAUAUUAUCAGCGGAGCAGACGAUUUGUUUGUAUGGAAAAAUAUAGGAAACUACUCAGUCGCCGGGUUCAGGUUAAAGAUAAAGCGCAGAGUAUUCAAGUUCCUUGUCAACUAUUAUCUUCCGUCAGGAAUGUUUGUUCUCGUAUCCUGGGCUAGUUUUCUUAUCCCUCCUGAUCUUAUCCCUGGUCGGAUGAAUCUUCUAGUUGCUCUCUUCCUGGUUUUAAUUAAUAUAUUCAACUCGGUCACCAGGCAGAUACCAAACUCAGAGGUUAGAUCCAGGAUAAGUUUAGAAACCAAACUAAAAGGUUAGAACCAGGGUAAGUAUUGAUACCAAACUCAGAGGUAAGAUCCAGGAUAAGUUUUGAUACCAAACUCAGAGUUUAAAUCCAGGAUAAGUAUUGAUACCAAACUCAGAGGUUAGAUUUAGGAUAAGUAUUGAUACCAAACUCAGAGUUUAGAUUUAGGAUAAGUAUUGAUACCAAAC